AUGGAUGGGAAGGGUCUGCAUGGGUUUAGUGCAACUUUGACCUCCUUACUAAAUAUUUCCUCCCUUCAGUACCCCGGGUUCCUGAAUAAGAGAGACGAUGGCACGUACGAGGGGUUUCACAAGGACCUCCUGACGGAGCUGACGGCAAUCCUCGGGUAUGACUUCAUUAUCAAGGAGCCGGACGACCAGAGGUACGGUUACCUGCAGGACGAUGGGACCUGGGUCGGCAUGGUCGGCGAGCUCAUCAGAGGGGACAUGGAUAUAGCUCUGGGGUUGACCAUAGCCUCCCCAAGGGAGACAGUGAUCGACUUCAGUACCGUCGUGUUAGACGAACGUCUGGAGAUAUUGGUCAAGAAGCCUUUGCCUGGAAUGCAGAUCGCAGGCAGGGAAUGGUGGAGAGCCGUCAUGACUAUGCCUGUAUGGUUUAUGGUCAUUGCGUCGUUCCUCCUGAGCGGCAUCGUCCUGUUCGUCAUCAUUCGGGUCAGUCCGUACGAGAAUCGGGCGUACUCGGCAGAGGUCGGCGAGGCGAGCCGACUGUCGACCUUCGGGCACAGCCUGUGGAUCUGCUACAGCGCCAUGAGCUGGCAGGGGGUGGACUACUCGCCCCGCUCCGUCUCCGGACGAUUUCUCUUCGUCUUCUGGUUCGGCUUCGUCGUCUGGACGCUCAUCCUUUGUACUGGCGCCAUCGUGGGCCUCUUCAUCCCCGGCCCGAUCGCUUCCCCCAUGGCCCCCGUGCAGUCGUUCGAUGAUCUGGCGGCAACCGACGAGAUCCGUCCAGUCUUCAUCAGGUUUGGAAGGGUCGAUCUCACGUUCAAGAGCUCUCCCAUUGAUUCCUACAACCGUAUUCAUCAGAAGGCAACAUUGGUGAGUAAUACGGAUGAGGGAGUAAGGCUGGCCCGCGAGGGAGGGGUCGCCUUCAUCGCAGAGUCGUCGACGGCCCAAUUCUACAGCAAUCGGAAGCCGUGCGAUCUGAUGUCCGUCAAGGAGGGCAACACCUUCACAGAUCCCAGGUCCCAGGCCAUCGGACUGCAGGCGGAUUCCCCACUGAGAAAGCCGCUCAACAACGCCAUCUUGCAGCUGAAGGAGAGCGGCAAGCUGAACCUUCUGUACCAGAAAUGGAUUUAUUCUGAAAAGUGCCCUCGACCAGAACGUCACCCCGAGGUUUCCUACAGCCAUGUUAAUCCAGUGGACUAUCGGGACAUCAUGCCGAUGUUCGUCGAGCUCGUGGUGGCCGCCAUCUUGGCGCUGUGCAUCAUGGGAAUCGAAGUAAUAUGGGAUAAGCGCACGUCUAAGCCCACAAAGAAGACCGAUGCAGCACCUUCCGGGAACUCAGCCGACACAAACGUCUGAGCGGGAAAACCCAUACAGGCAGUAUUUUCCUGGAAUAUCUGGUCAUCGGGGUGAAAAAAAUUCAGGGCCGCUGGCUGAGAACCAUAAGAUUUAAGAAAAGCGUAGAAAUUCUUUGUACAUUGUGUAUAAGGAUUCUUCUGGAUGUACAUUGGGUAUCACGAGGCCAGUUAAUUUGGUGAAAAUUAUCGACGGAGCUUAAAUGUGUUAUGAAGUCGACACUCGGCUAGAAUUCAAAUGAAUAGGCUGAAUCUGAUACAGAUUCGGGCAGAAUAAACGGGACAGUGUGCUCCGCAUUGAGAUUAUAAAAUGGAGAAUUUACGUACGUACUGUCCACCAUGUACACGUAGACGAUUAUACUAAGAGUUUGACCUAUCCUUUUGAGUAUGUGUAUAAUGGCAAAUUUUUCUGACUGCAGUUGCAUAUUAGAUCAAAGUUUGUCUGGCAACUCCAAGGUUUCCUCAUGUCAUGCCAGCAGUAUCAUGGUGGACAGUGCUAGUGUCAUAGUCACAAAUCAUGUACGUGUAAGUAACUUUAAUCGUGAAGCUGUAGUUCAAUUUUACCAAUACAGAAGCUAUCGGUGGAUUCUUAUAGUGAUUAACACAUAGAUCCAUGCAUAUGUACGUGACGUUAAUAAUAAAACAAGUCUGAUGAGAACAU